CUUAGGAAAAACAUAUGUUGAGAGAGAUCAACCUUUGAAUAGUAUUUUAUGAGAUUAAUCAUUAACCUUUAACUAGUGAUAUCCUAGAUAAAAAAAUACAUCUUUAGUAUAUUGUUUUUGAGAGUAGAGAGAUCCACCUGAGUGAAGUUGUAUUUUCAUUAUUAUUAUUAUGAAACUUUUAUAGCAUACAGAUAUAUAUCCAAAGUCCUAAGUGAGGUCCCGUGUUCUUCCUGCCUUAUUAUCAAUAUUUUUCUUAGUUUUCAUCUCAAUUACACAGAGAUUUGUGCAUGCUGGCAUAAUUUUCCAAACGAUAUUGCAUAUGCUUUCUUCAUGAUUCUGAUGCAGUUUUGGUCUUUCUACCUUUACAUCUUAGUUCCUUCUUAAUUCUACGUACGUGAGGUGUUAGAAGACACAACAAUGAAUUUGGCAAAGGGUGUUGGCGGAAACAUUGACAAAUCCCAAGUUCUGUCCGCUGUUGAAAAGUACGAGAAGUAUCAUGCUUCUUAUGGAGGUCAGGAGGAGGAGAGGAAAGCUAAUUAUGUUGAUAUGGUUAAUAAAUUCUAUGAUCUUGCUACUAGCUUUUAUGAGUAUGGCUGGGGGCAAUCUUUCCAUUUUGCACCUAGAUGGAAAGGGGAAUCUGUUCGAGAAGGCAUUAAAAGACACGAGCACUUCAUUGCUUUACAACUUUGCCUAAAGCCUGGACAAAAGGUUUUGGAUGUUGGAUGUGGAAUUGGGGGACCACUUAGAGAAAUAUCCCGAUUCAGCUCAACAUCAAUAACAGGAUUGAACAAUAAUGAGUAUCAGAUAACAAGAGCAAAGGAACUUAACCGUAAUACUGGAGUGGACAAGACUUGCAAUUUUGUCAAGGCUGACUUUAUGAAGAUGCCUUUCCCGGACAAUAAUUUUGAUGCAGUAUAUGCAAUUGAAGCCACCUGUCAUGCACCAGAUGUUUAUGCAUGCUACAAAGAGAUCUUUAGAGUGUUAAAGCCUGGCCAACUUUUUGCGGCAUAUGAAUGGUGCAUGACUGAAGCUUUCGAUCCCAACAAUGAAGAACACCAAAAGAUAAAGGAAGAAAUUGAGGUUGGUGAUGGACUUCCUGACAUUAGAUUGACCACAAAGUGUGUUGAAGCUCUAAAGCAAGCAGGUUUUGAGGUAAUCUGGGAGAAAGAUCUUGCAGUUAAUUCUCCAGUUCCUUGGUACUUUCAUUUGGAUGCAAGUCACUUCUCACUUAGUACCUUUCCUCUAACAUCUAUUGGACGAUUUUUCACAAGAAGUCUGAUAAGGGCUUUAGAAUUUGUUCGACUAGCUCCAAGGGGAAGUCUAAAAGUUCAAGAAAUCUUACAAAGGGCAGCAGAUGGACUACUUGAAGGUGGAAAGAAAGAGAUUUUCACACCAAUGUACUUCUUUUUGGCUCGAAAGCCUAAUUUUGGUGGUCAAUAAGGUGGUGCUGCAAAUGAGUUAUUGCAAUUCAAGGAGAAAAGUUGUAAAAUUUAUUGCCUUCAAUUAGCCUUUCCAAUGUGACUUCAGUUGUUUUGAGUUUCUUUUUUUACAUCUAUAAUUUUAUAUUACCAAGGCUUUAUUGUACUUUUUAUUCUUCAUAGUUAUUUUACCCCUCUUAUUUGUUGGUUA